GAGUACAGGAAGUUGUAUGAGUGAUUUUCCAAACCUGUGCGCGUGUCCUCAACGUGGAUGUAACUUCUCCUCAGACAGAGUGACAUAAUCUGCUUGGAAACACUUUAAUUGGCUUCUCAGAUGGACAGAAGCUCGCCAGAUGAUGAUAAACAGAACCUGCCACUGAUGGAGAAUGCAGAAGAGAUGGAGGUCGCCAUGACAACUCAGCUAGAAAAUCUCCUUGUGACCAGAGAGGAUGCCAUACAAACACAGGCAGAGGAAACAGAUGGGCUCCCUUCGGUGUCUCGGUGUGAGAAUGAGGACUCAAACAAGUCUGUCCACACAGACACUUCAACAUCACAUCUACCAGAGAUGAACGAUCACAACUUGCCAUCAGAAAACGAGGGGAAGGAGGUGCAGGUCACUAUGGUAACGCACGCAGAGCAUGUUUCUGUGACCCGAGACGAUGCCACACCAGCAAACACACGUACGGAGGCAGAAGAAGCGGGAGCUGUCCAAACAGCCCCAUCAGCAGUAACGCUCCCUGUGAGCUUUGUAUGUGAGGCUGUCUGUGUGGACGAGGAAUCCGAGGAUUCAGACAGUGACAGUUCUUCAUCUUCUUCCUCAUCCUCCUCUUCCUCCUCAUCCUCCUCUUCCUCCCCUGCCCCUGUGUUCGAGGAUGUUGAUGAAGGUUUCAGCCAACCAGCCCCUGUCAAAGCUAGAGAUGAAGUCUUACUUGAGGAGCUUCCAGCUGUGGAGGAAGUCAGUGUGAGCUUACCUGAGGAAGCCGAGCUGCAGCCGGCGGGAACGGUCUCCAGUAUCAUCCAGCAGCUUGUUAUUAUCCAGUCCCUGAAGAACACGCCUGCUCUGAAUGAGGACAGCAUCCUGUUCAGGUCCGACAGGGUGGCUGUGGGAAAGGUGUUUGAGGUGUUCGGCCCUGUGUGCAGUCCUUUGUAUGUUCUGCGCUUCAACUCUUCAGAUCAGAUCAGCAGCAAAGGCCUGACUGAGGGAUCGACUGUUUAUUUUGCUCCAGCACUCAAAGAGUACACGGAGUACAUCCUGACGCAGCAGCUCAAACUUUUAAAAGGAUCUGAUGCUUCCUGGAAGAAUGACGAUGAACCACCAGAAGAGGCUUUGGAUUAUAGUGAUGAUGAGAAGGAGCAGGAGGCAAAAAGAAAAAUAAGGAACAGCAAAAGGAAGGAAAAUGGCUGUGCAGAUAAAUCCAGUCAGCAGCAGAACCUCGACCGGCGGGCUUUCCAGCCCCGACACGCCAGAAACCGAGUCCGACAUCAGCACCCGAGAAAUGCGCCGCCGCCAUCCGCCCACUCCUACCCUCCACCUGGACACACGGACAUUCCUCCUGCAUACUUUCCUUCCCACUCCCCUUAUCUUCCUCAUCCUCAUCAUCAUCACCCUUUCUCUCCACCCAGCUUCCCCCUCUACCCUCCUCCUCCUCUUCCUCCAGCGUUUUUCAACCCAUCUUUCUCCCCAUCUUUCUGGCAUCCAAACUCUGUCCCCUACGUUGACUUCCCUCCUCCUCCGCCUCCACCACCGCCACCUCAUCCCCCCUCGUCACCUCACUAACACACACACACAUUCCCCAAGUUGGUAGGGUGAUUUUUGUUCAUUAUAAGGAAUAUAUGAUUUGCUUUCAGCAGCCUCAGUUUAGUGGCUGGUAGGCUGUAAAUUUUUUAUGUGUAAAUUAAUAAAACAAAAACAGUAAAUCACUUGUAACGGAUAAUGAAGCUGUGAGCAGCUUUUUAUUUUGAUAUUUUACAUUUUUGUUGUUUUUUUUUUUUCAGAUAUAAACAUUUUUUAAUUAUGCAGAACAUUUUCUUUUAGGAGUGCAUUGAUUUAUCAGCCAGCCAGUUUAUCUUUGCCGAUUUCCUUAAUUUUGAGAGAUAAGGGAUCGGCCGAUACUUGUAUAUGAAGCCAAUCUUAUCCACUGAUCUUGUGUAACGUUGCAAAGGUCAGUAAUCAACAACUUUCCUCUUCUGCUCUGCAGUGAGAGAGGUUUGACAGUCACCCCACUGUUGCCAACUUAGCAACUUUCUUUCUCUUUUUAGCAGCAUUUCAGACAAAAAAAAAUUGGCAUUGGCCAAAAUCGGAAUUGGCAGGUCAGAUGUUUCAAAGAUAGGUGAUCGGCCAGAAAACUGCAACUCAAGGGUCUGUUUUUGUAACUAAAACAAGGGUACAGUCCUACACCCAUGGUUUUUUUUUUAUUUUUUCUGCCACUUUCACCUCAUUUGCUCAUGUAAUAUGGGCUUUUGGGAAUUGAUCACCUGCAGACUGCGAAUCCUUAUGAACCAAGAUGGCACCGCUCACUGUGACUGAAAGCUUAGAGACGCACCAACCAGCUCUAAAACGACUUUAUUUGACCUUUUUUUCGUCUCUUCACACCCAAAACAAAAAUCUGUCUAUUUCAGCUGUUCUGUACCUAAAAUUUUGUUUAGUCCGGAGAUUAAUUCAUUAUGAAGAUAAAAACUCACAAAAAUGUUCACGUUUAAUUUAAUUGUGCACUUUUUGCUGACGUUUAAACGAUCUUUUUAUUAUACCCAAGCAAAUAAAAGUUAUACAAUUGCAUUUUCUUACUGGAGAUUAUUGAAAAUGAUUUGAAAUCCUUGGUUUUCAUAGUGAGCAUGAAACAACCAAACUACAACAAUAUAAAAUAACAAAGCAGGGGAGAUGGACAGCACCACUUUAAACCACAUUCACCUCCUCCAAAGUCCUGCGAAACAAAACAGAAAUACUUUCUUCCAUAGCUAGUAACUUCAUGAAAUUGUACUACAUGAACCAGAGCUAAAGGGAGCUCUUUGGUCUCAUUCAAGUAUUGUUUAUUACAGUUGGCAGAAGGAGUUGCAUCUGAAAACAACUGAAACAUUGGCGACCCUCAGAGGUGGACCAGCGGGGGCCAUGAACCCCUCUUGAAAAAUACUGAUCUCCUCAGAGUCAUAGUUAUGACUCUGAAGACAUAAUUGUUAAACCUAAUAAAUAAAUAAAUGCACAAAUAUAUAUUUUUUUAUUUCAUUAGGUGUGCCACUGAAACAUUUUACGUUUGAAAAAUUUCUGGAGGUGCCACUAACUGCAGAAUUACAAUGGCAAACAAUUAGUAGGUGAAUUCUCCGUAUUUAGCAUUGUUGUUCAUUUUAGAUGCUUCUUGUUGAACAUUUCAGAUUAAUGAACAGACCAAAGCACAGGUGCUGUAAUAUUUUUCAAAAGCAAAUAAGACUUUGUGAAACGAGUGAACUCAGUAUUUGUUGAUCAUCUGGAAUCCUGAAAACUUCAGUCACAUUAUCUAUUUUAAUCUUUUACACUCAGCUUGUAAACAGGACAUUAUUUUUCAAAUCCUCAAGGGGAAAAAAGUGUGUAAUACUGUGUUUUUGUGACUAAACUAAUCCGUUCAUGUCAUCCUUAAACCUCAGGAGACUUUUUGAGUUAGUUAGACUUUUUGUUCCCCAUCAGAGUAGCACCAUGUCUUCAUUCACGUUUCUUUCUACUGAUUUCAAUGUAGUUACUGUCUUUGUUGUUCUGCACUUGUAACUGUGAUAUAAGAAUGUGUUAAAAUGCUAAACUUUUCUUUCCCACAAGCCCUGCAGUUUGUCACUGCAGCCAUAAUUCAGUCAUUAAUCGAAUAAAAUGAUGGAAAACUGGAA